UUCAACUUCAAAUAUGUUUUUUUAAUCUUUUUGGAGAUUAUCUCAGGACUUCCUAGGCUUUUCCUGGUCUAUAAAUGGCGAUAUAAAGUAAACUAAAAAGAGUAUUUUGUCCUAAAUUCAGUGAUGUGUCAUAUUUGUAUAAUUUUUAAAUUUUGGUAGUGUUAUGUAGAUGGUUUGCAAUAGUACAAACACAACUUGAAGUGAUGCUCUAGAGUGAUAUGCAACUUAAUUUUUUUGCGAAAAUCUGAAUGUCUAGGGUAAAUAAUGAAGGCGGAUUCAUACACCACAAAUAUCCACAAGUACAAAAGUAUGUUAUUUGAUAAAAUGUGAAUAGCAUUUACCAUAUAAAAUUUUGAGGUAACGUCAUCAAAUUGUUGAUAGAAAUCGAUAUUUUUAUUAACUCGUUCUUGCUAACUCCAGUAAUAAUUUCCAGUGAAAUGACAGAUUCCGUGAUUAUUGGCAGCACCUACCUGGACAAAGUUGAAACCCGUGCCAGAUCACUCUACGGACAUGUGCACCCAGACUACGAUAAGCGUACGCUCGUACAUGAUAUAGCUGUACUGCAAAUAGACAAACAAACGAGUUAUAACUCUUCAUUUCCUGUUAGAUUGCGAACCAAUUUCUCGGAUUACGAAAAUCCGUGCUACGCGAUGGGCUGGGGUUGGACUAAACCACAACCACCAUCAUCGAAUAUAUUCAAAAUAGCGGUGGUGCAGCCUGUGAAACCGAAAAAGUGCGAAGAAGAAUGGAAAAGGGCAUAUUAUCCACAUCUAAUCUGCACCAAUAGCACAGGAGACGCGGUGUGUCGUGGGGAUUCAGGAGGACCUCUAAUAUGUGACAAUAAGUUAACAGGAGUGGUGUCUUUCGCCAAACUUUGCGGUACAGGGAGACCUGACGCUUUCACAGCCAUCAGUUUCUACAACGAUUGGAUUGAUUCAAUAAUAAAUCAAUAA